AAAAGGACAUACAAGUACUGGGAUGUUCCCCCUCCGGGAUUCGAGCACAUCACCCCCAUGCAGUACAAGGCAAUGCAAGCUGCAGGGCAGAUCCCCACGAUAGCUUUACUGGCAACAUCCACCACCAGCGGCGUGGCAGUGACGCCCACCCAGGUGCCGAUGGUCGGCAGCCAGAUGACCCGGCAGGCCAGGCGGCUUUAUGUCGGCAACAUCCCCUUCGGCCUGACGGAGGAGGCCAUGGCGGAUUUCUUCAAUACCCAGAUGCGAUUGGCUGGCUUAUGUCAAGGUCCCACCAAUCCCGUCCUCGCUGUUCAGAUAAACCAGGACAAGAACUUUGCCUUCCUUGAAUUUCGGUCCGUGGAUGAGACCACGCAGGCAAUGGCCUUCGACGGCAUCAUUUUCCAGGGUCAGUCGUUAAAAAUCAGGCGGCCCCACGACUAUCGCCCCCUGCCUGGCAUCUCAGAGCAGCCCGCCUUCCACGUACCAGGGGUCGUCUCCACCGUGGUUCCAGACUCGCCACACAAGCUCUUUGUCGGAGGCCUGCCCAACUAUCUCAGUGACGAUCAGGUGAAGGAACUCUUGACGUCGUUCGGACCUCUUAAGGCCUUCAACCUUGUGAAGGACAGUGCCACGUCACUGUCUAAGGGUUAUGCUUUCUGUGAAUACGUGGACAUCAGUGCCACUGACCAGGCCGUGGCUGGACUCAAUGGCAUGCAGCUCGGAGACAAGAAGCUCAUCGUCCAGCGGGCAAGCGUGGGGGCUAAGAAUGCCAACGCUACGGCCAUCAUCGAGACGCCGGUGACGCUGCAGGUUCCAGGGCUGCAGCGGCUGCAGAGCUCCGGCAUGCCCACGGAGGUGCUGUGCCUCCUCAACAUGGUCAUGCCCGAGGAGCUGGUGGACGACGAGGACUACGAGGAGAUCCUGGAGGACAUCCGGGAGGAGUGUUGCAAGUACGGCAACGUGCGCUCCAUCGAGAUUCCGCGGCCCGUCGAUAGCGUGGAGGUGCCUGGCUGUGGCAAGGUGGGACCCGUACUCUCCUGUACCAGUGGCAAAAAGAAGACCUCUGUAGGCACUAAGCACAGGCUCAUGGGAGCAUUUCUUGCACAAAAGUGUUUUGAAAACGGAAUAAUUUUUUGUGUAAGAAAAACAAUCUGAUUGGUUCAGAUAGACGACGGACGAUCUGAUUGGUUCAGAUAGGCGACGGACAAUCUGAUUGGUUCAGAUAGGCGACGGACAAUCUGAUUGGUUCAGAUAGGCGACGGACAAUCUGAUUGGUUCAGAUAGGCGACGGACAAUCUGAUUGGUUCAGAUAGGCGACGGACAAUCUGAUUGGUUCAGAUAGGCGACGGACAAUCUGAUUGGUUCAGAUAGGCGACGGACAAUCUGAUUGGUUCAGAUAGGCGACGGACAAUCUGAUUGGUUCAGAUAGGCGACGGACAAUCUGAUUGGUUCAGAUAGGCGACGGACAAUCUGAUUGGUUCAGAUAGGCGACGGACAAUCUGAUUGGUUCAGAUAGGCGACGGACAAUCUGAUUGGCUCAGAUAGGCGACGGACAAUCUGAUUGGCUCA